AUGAGCGACUACAACAUCGCUGUUGGAUUAGAUAACGUUCUGACACCAAUAUGGACCUUCUGGAAUGCGAUGUUUCUAGCAGUGACAACUUACACCACGAUCGGUUACGGUAACAUCACCGCGAAAACAAAACUCGGCAAGCUGGCCGCCAUGGUAUACGCUGUGAUUGGCAUUCCUUUGGUAUUAAUGAUUCUGCACAAAUUGGGACGAUUUUUCCUGCUCGCUCUUGAACAUGUCUGGGAUUUUGUGAGUGAGGUAUACAGUUCUUGA